UUCUGUGAUGGAUAAAAAGAGACAUAAACAAAAAGAUGAAUUCAGUUACACAUCCCCUGGGACUGUAAUCACACCUGUGCGUCAUGUUUCAGCCGUGUAACAACGUCAGGUAACGUAAACAUAAACAAAUCACAAAGAAGUGCGCGAGCUUAAAUAACAAUCACGUUUCUCUUUUCUAACAGGGAGUAUGCCCAAAAUGAGCGAAACAACGAAAUAACGCUAGCUUAUUGGCUACCAUAAGGAUGUUUUGUGUUUGUUUCACGGCCGUUUAAAUAAACAAAGCUUGAUAAAAACGUCAAUAAUAACCAGACUUGUUCUGCUAGAGUUAGUAAACACACGACGUUGUUCCCACCUUUAUAAAAUUCGCGUCUCCGCUGGGAACGCUUGUUGUUUUCAGUCAGUCGCUGUUAGCACUCUGAGCAUUUACGGACCAACUGGCUUGCCGUAGAACCUCUUGUACACGACAUCUCAAUUGUGAUUGGUCAAAGAAAACAAAGAUAAAAUAAGUAAAGUAAGAUGAAUCACUACUUAACGUGGGAAUUCAUCAAAAGUACAAACACAGCCCGUCUUUAGCUUAACGCCACUACAGUGCUUUACUGUAAGUGCGUCAGUUUAAAGCAUCAGAAGAUGGAUUUUUGUUUCAUAGAUAGUCUAAAAUCACUUUAAACGAAACAUAACGUAGUAAAACAAACUACACGUGUUUCUUAUAUGUUGUUCAUAUUUGAAAUCACUGACAAGAGUGAACAACAUUUAGCUUUCUCAGUGAAAAGUCAUUUAUACACGCUUGUAGAGAGAGUAGUGGUUAUUUAUGGAGUGUUUAUUUUUAUGUUUAUGCAUUUAGCAGACGUUUUUGUCCAAAGCGACUUAAAAGUGAACUAUCUUAAUGAAAUAGACCAGCUUUGACGUGGCCUGACGUCAAAGGUGGGCGUGAAUCCGCGCUGCUCAGCUGUCAGAUUGAAACGACGCAGGGAAAAACAAACACUCCUGUGCGGUGGACGGCUGGGAGGACUGGCAGGCUCCUUUUGUGUCACGCAAAUGUCAACCUUCCAGAGAGAAAGCGAUGCAUCCAAGUCCCUGUUCAAGAUGCUGGAGUCCGCAGUCACACCUAUCGUGUCCGGGGACUACAGCCACCACCACCGGGACAAAGCAGCCAUGGCGACCCGGGUCUCCUUCAGCCAGGUUCGGCUGGAGCAGGAGCUGGAGCGGUACCGAGCCGAGUGUCAGUGGGGCAAGAUCCUGGCCGUGGUGGAGCAGAUGCACGCGGCGAAGAUCCACGAGGACGAUGAUUACGGGACGUUGUUGACAGCCGAGGCCCUGUUGGAGGAAUGCUUGCUGGAAAACACGGAUCUUUUACAGAAGUCCACUCCUUUGGUGGACAAGAGUCAGCCCAGACUCUCCAAGGCCAGAGGCUACCUCAACACCAUCCUGAGCCGAGGCCGUCUCACGCCCAGGUACUUGAACGAAGCUCUGCUCCUCAUGGCCAAAGUCCACUACGUUCAGGGUCGAUAUCGAGACGCCCAGGGAAUGUGUGCCAGGGUGGGACUGGAGGAGCUGACGCAGGAUGAGCAGCCCGUCUACCACCUCCGCUUGCUGGCCGAGGCGUUCGUCAUCAAAGGUCUGUCUCUGGAUCACCAGACCGUGUCCACCGUGUCUCGAGUUCGUCUGAUAGAGCGAGAGGAGGAGAGUUUGUCCUGUUUCCUCAGGUCAUGUGAUGCAGCUCUGUGCUACCUGCAGGAGCUGGAUAAGAUGGUAACAACGCCUCAUGCCAAAACAGCCAAGGCCAGCUUCCUUUUGCCACCUGUUGAUGUUGACCUUGGCUACUUCCUGCAAGCCGCGCUGCAGAGCGCCUACAUCUGUCUUCUGCAGAGGGGUCAUCUUGCACAAGGUGCUCACCAGUUGCGUAGAGUACUCCGGGUGGUGGAGUCCCGAGGGUCUCAGAGCUUCAGGAAGUGUGCAGCCAUGAAGCUGGCACAGGUGUUGCUGAACUCUGUGAGGGAGGACAGCUACUGGCCUCCACUGGGCCCGCCUCCUGCAGCCUGGCUGACCAGAGAGGGCGCCGCCGCCUCGAAAGACGCCGUUUACCCCACAGUCAAACCUCCACAGCGCUACAGCACAGACUGUUGCUUCUGUCCACAGGACGUGGUGGAGGAGGCCGUGCUGCUGCUGCUCAUCACAGAGUCCAUGACCAGCGGUGAAGCGGUGAUCAGCUGCCUGCCAGACCAGAGCACGGCUCGCCAAACCAGCCUGCAGAAUGCCACCUCCGUCUAUGACCUGCUUACCAUCAGCAUGGCCAGAAGGGGGCAGUACGCCAUGCUGUCUGAGUGUCUGGAGCGAGCCAUGAAGUUUUCGUUUAAUGAGUUCCACCUCUGGCACCAACUGGGCCUGUCUCUGAUGGCGGCCAAAAAGUGGGUCAGUGCUGUGUCUGUGUUUAAAGAGUGCUCCAUGAUGAGACCCGAGGACCCUUCGUUGCCUCUGCUAGCUGCUAAGGUCUGCAUUGGUCAUCUGCACUGGUUUGAAGAGGCUGAAGCUUUCUCCCAGAGGGUGGUGUCUAUGGGGGAGGAAGCGGGGGAGUUUUUACCCCGGGCCUACCUGGCUCUGGGCCUCUGCUUCAGCCUACAAGCAUCCAGGGCAACUUUGAAAGCAGAUCGAAAUGAAUUCAACAAAAGAGCCUUAAAAGCUUUGAACAAAGCUCACUCAUUAGACCCCCAUGAUGCUCAGAUCUCCAUGUACCUGGCUCUCCAGCUGGCCCUUGUACGCCAGGUACCAGCGGCCAUGGAGGCCCUGCAGGAGGCGUUAUCUCUUCAGGCCGAUGACUUAAACUCCCUCCACCUGCUGACCCUGCUGCUGAGCGCGCAGAAGCAUCACCGUCACGCCCUGGACAUCCUGGACCUGGCCCUCAGCCAGCAUCCCGACAACUUCAAUCUGCUGUUGACAAAGGUGAAGCUUGAAGAGGCUUUGUUCGGCCCCGCUGCAGCCCUUCAGACCUGCGAGGACAUGCUGCAUCGCUGGCAAAGCUGCUAUGAUUUCAGCCGCCCCAGUGACACAGAUGACAGCAGCAGCCUACCAGCAGCUGAGAAGUUAGAAGUCAGCCCAGUAGUCAGGAAAGCCUCCAUUCAUCUCAACCUGCCCGACUUCCAGGACGCCUCCAUUGGUUCCCUUUCUCCCCCCUCAGUGGCAGCAUCUCGUCUGGAGGCGGCGUUCUCUGAGGUGUCAGAGGUCAGUUCUUCUCGCCGCCAAGGGCCUUCCUACAUCUGGACCACUUUGGAAAGCAUCUGGUUGCAAUCCGGAGAGCUGUUCAUGGCGGACGGUCGGCUGAAGGAGGCACAGUUCUGCAUCGCCGAGGCUGGCUUGCUGUUCCCCAACUCUCAUUGUGUGCUGCUGCAGCGGGGCCGGCUGGCUGAGCUCCGGGGACAAAUGAACGAAGCCAAGAGCUUGUAUGACGAGGCCCUGGCUAUUCAUCCCGCAGGAGAGCGCAUACUGUUGCACAUGGGUCAUCUGCUGGUGAAAACUGGGCGAGUCCACCUUGGUGAGAAGGUCCUGAGAGAUGCGGUUCAGAUGCACAGCACCUCCCAUGAGGCGUGGAGCGGCCUGGGCGAAGCUCUGCAGGCCUUGAACCACAGCGAGGCUUCAGAUUGCUUCUUCACAGCCCUGGAGCUGGAGGCCUCCUGCCCCAUUCGACCCUUCACCAUCAUCCCCAGGGAGCUCUAAACAGCCUGAGAAGAUGAGCUGAAGGUUUGGGGUGCUCACACCAAAGAAAAUGGCCUGUUUGUGGUUCUGUAAAUUAUUGGUGUGUUUGGGAAUUAAUCUGUUUCUUUUCUCACUGAGAAACUGGCUGAAAUCAUGAUGUCAUCAGUGUAUUUAUUUGUUGCAUAAAGAUGAUUAACAUUCUGUAAUAAUUUAUCAUCAGUGUGCUGCUAGAUCAACACUGUAUAACACCUCAAGGUUUUAGACUUUUAUUUUCUCAUAGAUUGUCCAAUAAGAUAGAAAAAUAAAUGAGAUUUAAAGAAA